UGCAAGUAAUUUUAUUUUGUUUGUGGGUAAUUAGACUUUUUCGAGUCACGCUAUCAUUUCUAAGGUCUUACCACAAGUUCGUGUCUGCAUUUGGUUAUCAAAAUGGAUUACGAAGACAGAAAUUAUUCGCUGGCCGAAUUAAAAAAUUGUUCGUAUCGAAUUUUGCAACAAAUUGCCAAGUCUUUGUUGCUGCCUUCGAAUGUAAAGAAAAUCUAUCUUGUACAAAUGAUUCACGCGAAGAAGUUCAGAUCGGAAGGCGAACUGAAUUCUAUCAUACAGAAGGUGAAGCAGGAGCGCCAACAGGUCACACAGGAGCGGAAAAAGAAUGAACACAUGAUGGAAACUUACAUACAGGCUGAUGAGGUAUCUUCAACCAACAGCAGGCAAUCCCCAUCCAUCUCCAUGACUCCUAAGCGACGCCACCCAAUGGUGAUCCGUUGUAGUGCCGAAAACAUCCCCCACGCCAUCGCGAAGUACAAUCUGAGACAAAGCAAUGUCACUCGCCACACAAGAAAAACUUACCCGUCCCCUAAAAAAAGCGACAGGAUUCUACGUAGCUUCAAUAUUAAAACCAGAACUGACACUAAGACAGAAAAUAUUAUAACAACGUCGCAGAGCAACAAAAAUAAUAAUUUUGCAACUAAAUCCGUGUUCAGUAUAAUGAAAUCUCCAAAUAUGGCGGCGAGAGAAACACCAGAUCGGAAAAUACAAAACAUUAUGUAUAAGCCUGUUUUGAAUAACAAUUUGGACUCAAAGAGAAGUCAGUUGACGCCGAAAGUAAGAAAUGUGGAACGUGCUCCAGUCGGGCCUGCAAAACGUAAAGCCCGCACCUACUCUGAAUUAUACCCUCUACCAUUACAAGAACUACCAAUGAUCUCUUACGAAUACGUUGACAGCAUCGUAUUACGUGGUGAAGACGGAAAACUUACCAAAAUCAACGCGGUAGUCCAAAAACGAGGUGAAAAACCACAAAUCGAGGUAACCGUACAAGACAUCAUAAACUGCAAUAUAGUGCAGACCUAUAAAAACUCUAGAAAUGAUACAAAGACCUCAACUCAUGUUUCAUUUAACAAAUAUAACGGGACAAAUACAAAUUUAACUAAUUCAACGAACAAAUUGAGUAAAAUCUCAAGGAAUAAUGUGAAUGAAACGAAUAGUUUAGUUCCUGCUUCUACCAAUCCGGUCCAAGAUAACGAAUUGAAAAGUGAAUACCUGAAUCAAAGUGAUGAAUACGAUGAUACUAAUGUAAACGAUUAUACACUACAUCGUAAUAAAAACCAAAAUAAAGUGGGGAACCAGGGAUGCUCUGAUUUUGGUGGCACGAAUGAACACGUCAUGUUGCCGAGGAUCAAUGCGGUUUUCAGUAGAUUCAAUGAGCAUAAGGAUAUCUCACAGCCAAUUUAUGUACAGAUUACCAGUGAUUCUGUGAGAUAUCUACCGGAGCCUGUCUACAUGCCGUCGAGCGGUCUCCUGCGCGCCGCCGCGGGCCCGCUGGAGAGCCUCUACAACCUGCGGCGGCCGCUCGCCCGCAACCCGCCCGCCGCCGACACCCGCUGCGUGUACAGCACCCCGGUCAUUGCCACCGCUACAGCGUCCCAGCGGGUUAAUAGCUUUGAUUCGGAGAAUGCUGCGAAAAUCCGUGACUUAAUGGGAGCUGCUGACUUAACAUCUGAUGAAGAAAUGAGUUCAGUUUCGUCGACCGAUCUAUCCGCCGCCCAAGACCUUAGGGCCACCGUCACUAUUCCUGAAAUGGUGGAGGAUGCAUUAGAGCUGAUAAGCCAAGAUGGGGAUUACAUGGAGCGCAUCGGCAUGGAUGUGAGAGUCACGUGUGUUAUCUGUACAUACGUGUGUCCGAAGUUUCUGCUGGAAUAUCACCUAAGAAAGGAGCACGCGAACGAGAUCUACCACCAGGAGGCGGACUCGUGGAGCAUGAGCUACAGCCUGGGCGGGCUGGUGCGCGCCGCCAGCUGCGCGCGCCUGCUGUCGCACGACGCCGCGCUGCUCGUGCUGCGCGCGCACUGCCGCCAUGACUGCUUGCACGUCGUCCUGCACACUCUACAGGACGACACGAACCUCCCAAAAAGUGCUUCGAUCACUAUUUACAACAAGGUCACAGGGGAACCGUACUCCUGGGACGGUGAAAUCCAACCUCUACCCCACGACUUAACAUAUAACCAAGAAGCAGACGGACUUAAAAUACAAGUGUCAAGGCUAGACUUACUUCCAAAUAGUGCUAAUUUAAAACUAUUAAACGGCGAAUUGGUUUUGAAAUCUCCAACAAAAGUGGUCGUAGGUCAACCAGAAUUAGACGAUAUACACAUCGUUUUACAUGUUAAGAUAUUGAAUUAAGUUUUUUGAUUACGAUCCAAUCAGGUAAGGUUCCUGUGAUAAUAGGGUCACGGAGGUCAGACCGCAGUCGCUUUGUGUAAUUACCUGACCUCCCCAAGUUCAGUGUUGCCUCCAAUAAAUUUAAAUACUCUUUCAACCUCUUUUGCUACGAUUUUCAUUCUACAACAUUUAUAUGAAUGUAAAAAAAAUAUUAUAAUUUUAUAAACAAUAGGUUUAUAAUUAUUUUAUAUAUUUUAUAAAAUAAUAUUGUCCUUUAUGCAAUACUACAUUGAUGACUUUUAGAUUAUAGCCAGUUAUUUAGAUCAUUUUUGUUUUAAAUUGACUGACUUGAUAGAUAUUACUACAGGUACAGUCAAUAAUAAAAUUAAUACUUAAAAUAUCCCUUUUCUAAUAAUAAGUACUAAAUUCCUUAAGUUAACUUUUUCCAGUUAUAAUUUUAAUUGUAUUUAAUUGAACACUAUACUCAGUGAUAGUUAUGUAGGGAAAACGACGAUGUCAAAUUAUUUUUUAAAAUGUUUUUAUUUUAUUUUUUUGCAUAGGAUUACGUUUCAUUUUUUACUUUUAUGUAUUAGUAUUAGUACAAAAAAUACUUUUAUAGUUAGCGGUAACCUAACCAUAGCCUAAUAGUGGGAAUUCAAUUUUAAGUGUAAUUUAGGGUAAAGGAAGGGAUUAUCUAUAACUACUUAACACGUUAAAGAUGUUCGCGGGAUUUAAAGGUAGGAAGUAAUUAAACUACCGGAUCAAAAUAAAAAUGAAGAAAACUCAUAAAUAUUUCUCCAUAACCAAAAUACGCGUUUAGUGUUUUUAAAAAAAUAUUUAUAUAAAUUGUUAUUAGUUUUUUAAGUAGAUUCUUCGCAACUAGUACUUCGAAAACGAAUUAUAUCUGAAGUACGCCCAUUCUUUUUUCUUAUACGUUAUUUUAAAAAUGAAACAAGUUUAGUUUGUUUUUAAAAAAAAGCUUUUUCUUUAAA